UCUCCGUCCACAGAAAUGAGCCGUCAGACAGAGACCCCUCCUGGCACCUCCCAGAGCGUGGCCGCCCUGACGGGCACAACUUCGUCCAACAGUGACUGGGCAAGUCUCUUUAAGUGUCCGGGCUGCUCUGACUAUGUGUUACCGCCCAUCCUUCAGUGUCAGAGUGGCCAUCUUGUCUGUGGCAACUGUCGCCCAAAGAUCUCCUGUUGCCCGACUUGCCUCGACCCGUUGGGAUCCAUUCGCAACUUGGCUAUGGAGAAAGUGGCCAAUUCAGUCCUCUUUCCUUGUAAGUACGCCUCUUCUGGCUGUGAAGCCGCUCUGCCACACACGGAGAAGGCCGACCACGAAGAGGUCUGUGAGCGUCGGCCUUACUGCUGCCCGUGCCCUGGCGCCUCCUGUAAAUGGCAAGGCUCUCUGGAUGCUGUCAUACCGCAUCUGAUGCACCAGCACGAGUCCAUCACAACCCUUCAGGGCGAGGACAUAGUUUUCCUCGCUACCGACAUUAACCUUCCUGGCGCCGUCGACUGGGUGAUGAUGCAGUCCUGCUUCGGAGUUCACUUCAUAUUAGUCUUAGAGAAACAGGAAAAAUAUGUCGGUCACCAGCAAUUCUUUGCCAUUGUACAGCUGAUAGGAACACGCAAGCAAGCUGAAAACUUCGUUUAUCGACUUGAGCUCAGUGGUCCUCGGCGGCGACUGACCUGGGAGGCCACGCCUCGAUCUAUUCGCGAGGGAGUUGCAACAGCCAUCAUGAACAGCGACUGCCUCGUCUUUGACACCAGAGUUGCACAGCUUUUUGAAGAAAAUGGCAAUUUAGGCAUCAAUGUAACUAUUUCCAUGUGUUGA